AUGCAAUCUAGAAACAAUUAUAUAGGAUGUUUUGAUGCUUUCGUGAUAUCAGGGAUUAAUUCAGAUAGCUUUGUAAAGCUUGUCGAGUCGAUAGAUUUAUCUUACACAGAUGAUGUUACUAGGAGGAGUUUAAUAAUGAGCAUUUGGCCUACUAGUGUAAUACAUAGCUAUACAAAAUAUGAACAUUUCGGGGUAAAAGUAAAUGAGGUAACAGAAGACUCCUCUACAAUUAAAAAUAUAGAUAUUUUAAAACAUCACAUAAAGGAUUGUGUAACAUUUUGUUUUACAAAUGGUGGUGCAAGAGUGCUACACCCUAAAAAUAAUGAAUAUCCCUCAACUCAAUUUCAUACGUUUGUAUUGACUGGAUAUAAAGGAGAAAGGCGUUUUGGGGGCACCUUAGUUAUUUGGGAGCGACUUAAUAAAUACAUUACAUUAGUAGAUGGCCUUCAGAAUAUUCAAAGCCUCCCAGAUUGGUUUGAUUAUAACGAAUAUUCUAACUAUUAUGUUCCAUUAUCUAUUUGUCUAUUAUCAUCUGCGCCCAUAUUCAGCACUAUUUAUAAUGUCUUAAAAUAUAAAUUUUUGAAUACUUGGGUUGAUAUUAGGGAAAUUUUUAAAACUAAUUAUACUAGAAAUAACAAUAUGAAGUAUUUUCUAAAGGAAUGGUCGUAUUUAGGGAUUCAAGCUAUAGCAAAUAUUAAGGAAGAGUUAUUGUUUCAUUCUAUACUACCUCCAAAAGGUGUUUAUCAUGUAAACUGGGAACUAUCUAAAUCAGUCGUUCACUUAUUAUUUCAGCCACCACCUAAUAGUCAAUUACCAUUAUGUCAGGUCCCUGUUUUGUCUUUGUUUAACUUUAUGACAGUUAAUUCUAUGCUCAGCUUGUAUAUAGCUUUGAUUAAAGAAAUGAGUGUUAUAUUUUUAUCAAGAUCUCCUUGUUUACUCUCAAUAGUAUGUGAAUCAUUUAGAUGCUUACUAUUUCCUCUUGAUAUAUGCAUGAUAUAUAUUCCUUUGCUCCCAUUUCAUAUGGUUGAACUAUCGGCUAGUCCAACUCCAUUCCUAAUUGGUUUGCUAAUUCCAGAUGAACUGGAAGAUCACUUAACUUUAAUUUAUGAAACUUUGAAUGAAUACUGUCCAAAUGCAAAUAUAUAUAAUUUGGAUUUGUAUGAUGGGGUUAGUCCUUGUCAUGUUAUGACCGUAUCACAGACUUUAAUAAAAUACUUUUCUAAUAGUGACGUUCAUUCUACAAGCACUCUAAAUCAUCCAAAUAACGCUGAUGAUGCGAAUUUUUCAAUCCAUCUUCAUCCUGCAAAUCUAAAUAUUAACAACUAUAAUGCUUUAAAUGAUUCUAACCAUCUUCAGACAGGUCAAAAUUUUCAAAUAGUAACUUCUUCAUCUAAUAUAAGUAGUCAUAACCAGGCUAUACUUGAAAUACCAUCUAGGCUUAGGAAAAAGAUUGAGUCUCGUCUGAUUGUAAUAUUGGACGAGUACAAGCUUAAUUACUUGCUUAUAAAUUCAACAAAAAGGUCACUUGGUGAUAAGACUAUAUCUACUCCUUCAAUAAAUGAGAAGUUUUCUUUCUGUACAUCAAGUACAUCUAUAGUAUAUGAAACUGAUAAGAUGAAUAUAUCAGAUAAUAAUAAUUCAAAUGAUUACAUAUCUAUAGAUUUACUAGGAAAAUUGGAAAUAAACUCAAACAAUAAUUCUAAAGUUGCGAUUACUUCAAACAUGCCUACAAAACCAGUAUCAGCCAGGACUCAUAGGAAUUGUAAAGCUUCUACUGAGUCUAAUGUAAUGCAAUUUGCCAGCUUAGAGAAAACUAUAGAUAAAACAACAGUGGGCAAAGAAAUGAAUUCUUAUUUUGAAAUUUCAAAAUUACAAUUAAACUAUCUGGAGAAUAAUGUUACAUCACAAGAGUUCCUUAAGGAUAAUUUAAAUUGCACCACUUUAGAGAAUAAAUAUCCAAAGACAUAUCCAUCAUCUCCUAUUUCAAAGCAUUAUAGAUGUGAAUAUGAUUACCUUCCAUAUGAUUUAAAUACUAAACUGAGAUUUGGAUUUCCAUUUGUAGAUCUAGAAACACGACCAAACUCACCCAGUAAAGUGGAAGAAUGCCAGAAUUUGUCAAAUACAAGAUUUAAUGAGUUUAAUGAGACAAUAUAUUGGACUAUUACACCGAAGGAAUUUGAUAUUGUUGGGGAGAAUCACAUUUUAGAUAAUUAUGCACAUUUAUGGACUUUUAAUAUUGACAAACAAAGUGAAAAAUUAAGUGAGGGUGAUAUGGACUUAAAUAUUCCUUGUAUUCCAAUAGAAGAAGAAUUAGAUGAUCCUAAAAGGAAGAUAUAUUUACAAAUUCAAAAUAAAUUUAGAAAGUCCUUUUUGGAGUUUUUUUUCAUAAUUUUUAGAGGAAUUAUAUUCCAAGACUUUAAAAGUCCAUUUGACUCUACAAUAUUUAGAAAUAACCUAUUACAUGAAGUCCAUGAAUCUUUAAAGCCAUUAUUAUUGAGUGUUCUAGAGACACAGGCAUUUAGUGACCUUCUAGGUGCUCUAUCUACGUCAGUGUAUCCUGAAGGAUCUCAUAAUUGUGUCGAAAAACUUUACAGAAUGAUGUUACUAAGAGAAAUGGUUCUCGACAGGAAGAACAAGUCCAAAUUAUUACCUCUAAGCAAAACAUAUCCUACACCUUUUCUUUCUAGUAAAUUGUGGUAUCAUAAUAAAGAUAAAGUUAUUUGGAUAAAAUAUAAAAAAUUAGGUAAUAAAAAAGAUCAAUCUAAAGUAGACCUCAGCAUUGAUAAUGAAUCUUUACCUGAGAGCUUAUCUACUGAAGAGUCGUUGAAAUGUACUUUUAGUAAUGAAAUGAAUUCUUUAAGUCAGUCUUUUUUUGGUAAUAUAGAAGAUAUAGAACUUAAUUAUGGUCUACCAACUUAUUCUAUAUAUCUCAGUAAUAUAAAAAGUAUUUUCGUCUUGGAAAUUCCUUCAAUAAUACCCUUUAUUAAAGCUACUUUCCCAAGUAUAAUAUUCAGUGAAUCUUUGCAAUCUUCAAAGAUAUCUUCUACUGAUGAAGUCUUUGUGAUUGAUAAAAGUGUCUCUAAUGAUAUUUACAAUGUUGAUCAAGAUGAUACAUUUACUAAAGGACUGAGUAUUAUGGAACAACAUAAAUAUAGUCAGGUAAUUCUAAUACGUCAAUACUGGGGACAUAUUUGGAAAUUUAUAGAUAAACUUUUUUCCUGUAUGCAGUCAAACAAUAUGGCAGAUGGAAGUGAACAGUUAUAUAAAUUAAGUUGUACCUCUGUUUUUACUUCAAUAGUAGGAUUAAGUACAAGUAUAAAGUUGAAAGUCUUGUGGAUAAUGUUAGUAUUAAUUCAACUUGAAAAUUUGAAAAGUGAUUCUGUUUUAGAAGGUAUGGCAUAUUUAGAAAUUUUACUGUCUGUUUUUUCUGACAUUAUUUAUCAAUUUAAGUCUAGUACAAAAGUAUUGAAGAGUGAUAUAUCUUCUUUUGUUAUUAAAAUACUACGGCCUAUUGUAUACCUGUAUAAUAAAAAUCAACCAUUAUAUAUUUCUUACAUUUGUUUACGCCUAAUUAGAUGGUUGCACACUAAUACAAGUGAUUUAUAUACUUCUUUGGAACCUUUGAAUAAUUCCAACAAAUCUCUGAAUAUUUCUAAUCAGAAUGAUUAUACUAAUUCAUAUACUUUUUAUGAUCCUGAGGAACAAUCUCUUUUCCCAGAAGAAAAGAAUCAAUGGAGUGAAAUUUUUGGAUUAGAUGAUUUCGAAGUACUUGAAUAUAUAUACUAUAAAGCUGUAAAUGCUACUGACAGCAUAAAUAUAGAUAGCUCAAAAACGAAAAUAAAUCAAAGGGAUUUUGAUUUAUUUUUAUCUCUUUUUAUCCUAAAGCCUUCUUUAAAUAACAAAAGAAGUAAGAAGCGUUCACCUGAGAACUCAGUUACUUACAAACUAGCACUGAACAAGCACACACUAAAUAUAGAUGAUAAGACAAUUAACAUUCAAAUUAUGAGAGCUAAGAAUAUAAUUUCAACCUUUAUAUUUAUGCAGUGUAAUUGGCAUGUUUUGAAUAGGAAACCAAUAAAAGUUAGGUAUAAGAAGAGAAUUCUAUUAAGUGGGAUGCCUGUAGUUAUUUUACAAACUAAUUAUGAACAAGUAACUACACUGCAUGAGGAUUCUUUAUCCAAAAAAGAGUUUAAUAACACUAUUAGGGAGAAUUUUACAGGACAAGGGAAAUUAGAUAAUGAUAUAGAAGACUGUGAAGAGCAUAUGAGUAAUUUUUGCAUAAAUAACUACAGUACUUAUAUAGAGAGCUCUAAAGAGCCCUCAAUAAAACAUAUAGAUUGUAACUACUUCGAUAUUCCCUUGUAUUCAAGUAGUUCAAUUAUACUUCAACCAAUGGUUAUUUGUAAAUCUUGUCUGGAUGAAGAUUUUAGCAAUGAGUUUAGCGAAAUAUAUAGUUUUGUACUCAAAUAUAAAUUUCUUUGCAAAUUUAUAUUUACUGAAGAAUAUACUUCCCUUAACCAGGUAAUUGAUGAACAAACUCUUGUAUGUUGUCCUAUUCAUAAAAAUGAAGCUCAAAUGCUCCCUUUUUUACUAAUGAAGGAACAUAAAAGCGAAGGCAGCAAUACUAGUACUGGAUAUCAAGAUGAUAAAAUUUUACUUAAUUUAAUCCUACCAAGUACUCUUUUCAGUAUUUACUUGAAUAGCUCUAUAUUUAAGACAAAAAGAGUGUCAAGUCUUUUGACAAGACAAAAUAUUGAUACAAGUGGAAAUAAUAGUAAACAAGUAUGUUGUGGAUACUCUAUUGUGAGUAGCUACAAUUUUACUUUAUACUGUAAUACUUUAUUUUACUUUCGUCUAUGUAAUUUGUAUAUAGAUCCAUUUAUUCCUACAGAUGAUGAUUUCUCAGAAAUCCUUUUCUUUUCAGCUUUUAAGGAUCUUUAUAAUAGUAGAAAUAUAAAGGAUGCUGAGGUGCAAGUGAAUUAUUCCACUAAUAUUGGACAUAUUGAAGUUGAGUAUGCGCAUAAUCAUGACUAUAAUAUAGAAGAUAUAUAUAUUAAAACUGAUCAUCAAUUUCCAAGUUCAACUAAACUAGGAAAUGAUAUCUCAACUCCUGAAAAUAUUUAUAUUCAAGAUCAUUUUAAUGUGAAGAGUAAUUAUUUAUACAAUCAGGAUUCUAAAUCUAAACAGAUAUAUAACAUUUCCACUAUGAGAAAGUUGGAAAGAUCAAAUUUCGAGGUCCAUAUCUUUAAUGAAAACUUGGAAUACAAAUUCUUAGAAGAUAAUAAAUUCUUUGAAACCACCAUCAAAGAUUUUUUUCAAAAGUUUGAUAUUAUUGAAUUAUUUCGUAUAUAUCAAAUCAAAUGUCUUUUAAUUGAAGAUAUUCUUUCUAGAGAACUAAAUAUCUAUACAAAUACUGACUAUAGCUCAUAUACAUGCAGGAGUGAAAGUAAUACUUUACAAGGCUUUCUAAAUGAUCAUAGUGAAUGCUAUAUAACUUUAGAAGAAUUUACGAGCAUAUAUACUGAUAGCUCCAAUAUAACUCUUAAAGAGUUAACAAGUAUUAAUCCAGAACAAGGUAUAAUAAAAAAUAAGCCUAUUUAUGAUUAUAAAAUAUUCAAUAAUAUAACAUAUAAGAGUGAAGUAGAACGAAGAAAAUCAAUAUAG